AUGUACACCGUAGUUGUUCCUGCUGCCUCCACGACGGACGUGCAUGUCUCUGGGAGUGGCCGGAACAUUAGGGAGAUUGAUCUCGGCGCCGUCUUCUUCACCCGCGAGGAUAAAGAGACACUUUCUCUCAUCACCUCCUUUGAUCUCUCCCACAAUCACAUUGAACAACUACACCAAUUAGACGCAUUAGUUUCCCUCUCUCGACUCACCGCAAGUCACAAUAAAAUUGUUAUGAUUGGUUCUUUACCUGUCACCAUCACACAAUUGGAUGUCUCGCAUAAUAAGUUGCAAACCCUUGACGGUAUUGGACGACUCCCACAUCUGCGUGAAUUAAAUGUGAGUUACAAUCAACUUCAUAGUCUUAACGGAUUCACACGCGCACAGCCCUUGCAGGUACUCCGCGCUGAUGGGAAUCGUCUUGUGCGUACCGCCGGUGUAGAGGGCAUGACACAAAUGCGACUGCUGAGUCUUGACCACAACAUGAUAGACAACGCUAACGAACUUAUUUUUCUUUCUUCUAUUCCAUCAUUAGAAAUGCUCUCCCUGCGAGAAAAUCCAGUAACGAGUAUGAGUGGAUAUAGAGCACUUGUCGCCCAUCUUCAACCCUCUGUACUUUCCCUCGAUGGGGCUCCGCUGCUGCGUGAUGGAGAAGCAUCAUUUCUCGCCUCAACAAUAGCACCGGAGCCGAUUACAAAUUACGUUCCUCAGCCAACACCAUGCAUACAGCCAAGAAAAACUGAGACUACACAAGUUGUUUCAACAGAAUCUCAAUCAGUAAAGAAUUCUAUUGCGCAGGAAAAUGGUUUUAAAAAACGUCCUGUACGAGUUCCCGAGGUGACGCAACGUUUAAAAAAAUCAACACCAACACCAACACCAACAACCACAAUUACAACAGUCUCUACGAGUACUGUUCCUACAAGUAGCGAAAUUGUUUAUGGAGAGAAUACCUUGGUAACUGAAGGUAAUCAUCCUCAGAACCACAAUCAAAACCACAACCAACAGGAUCAAAAAAGACCACUAAAUAGUUAUAGUGAGGAUAUUCUUAAAUCCAAACCAAAACGAUUUCGUUCAUUGAAAGAUCAGGGAGUUUCAUCUGAUAUGGCUUUAGUUAAUGCUAUCAAAAAUACAGUAAAAGUUUCUAGUUCUCCUGUUGUGGAAUCAAUUGUUGAUGUUGUUCCUUCAUCUUCAGAAGCCACUGAGCGAGAAUUACAUGAAACAAGACUACAUAUGGAAGAGUUGAAAAAAGAAAAUGAAUUCCUCCGUACACGUAACAAGAGUCUCUCUGAACAAUUAAAAGAUACUAGACGAGUUAUUUCCUCUCAGCUUGAUGAGAUUAAUGAAUUAAAAGUUCGACUUGGAGCCACAGAGGCGAGUGAAUGCUCCUUGAAGGAACGUCUGGAUAGAAUAAAACGCAACGCCCGUGCUGUGGAUAAACGCACUCACGACACUGUAGAUGCGAUGGUGGUGGAACAGGAACGAAUGAAGGCGGUAUAUGAAGCACAAAUUGCUGAUUUGCGUCAUCAGCUUCGGCGUGCACAACAUAAAUCAUCUAUUACUGUAACGGAACGACCUGCUCUUCUUCUUCGACAACAACAACAACAACAACAACAACAACAACAGAAACAACAACAACAACAACAACCACAAGUAACUCGAAAUAAGCAAGUGAAGCAUUCUACCCUAAUUAAAGGGGUGCGGGGAUUAGAUACAUCUUCUGAAGUCCAAGGGUCUUUAAUAGAUGAUACACCCAACACCGCUGUAGAGAAUGACCACAAUUCUUCUCUCCUCUUGACAACAACAAAAUCAGAGAUGAAUACCCCAAAUGAUCCCUCUAUGCGUCGUACAGCUGACGUAAAAAAACUUGCAGGAGAACUGAAAAAUUGGUUAUACGCUGAAAUGGCUGAAGACGCACGACGAGAGGAGGAAGAACGUGUUCUCGACACGCUACGUCAGUCACUUGAAAGAGAAAAAUCCAUGGCCUUACCUCACCAUCAGUGUCAUCAAGAAGAUCAACAACAAGGAGAACUUAAUACUUUAACUUUUUCUGCAAAACCAUCAUUUGAGUCCACAUACUAUACAGAUAAAACUACAAUGUCAGUUGAAAAUCUUCCUUCAAAAGAAGAAGUAACUAAAAAUUUAACGGAACAUGUCUUGGCACGUACUACUACUAAUACUGCUAAUACUAUUACUUCGACUCAAGUGUAA